AUGCUUUUUGACAAGAAAUUUGUCUGCUAUCACGCCUGUGAGCUGAUCUGUCAAUGCGCCAAUGCUUCCAGUCACCAACAACCAAUAGUGAUUCCUUUUCUCCUGCAAGGGUUUUUAACCAAUGACCGAUGUAGUUUGGCCUCACUCCUGUCUGAAACUGCAGGUUCUCGGUCUUCUAUGACCUCAUCGCUUGCUUCAUCAACAGAACCAAGUGAAACGUCUUCCUCGGCUUGUUGCAGUCAUGAUCAGAAAAUAAUUCUCCAACCUGAUGUACUCACUUUCCAACCAUGUCCAUUGGGCAAGCUGCAACAGCUCAAAGUUAAAAUAAAAAAUCGGAACGAUGAGCCUGUUAAGAUAACUGUGAAUGGCAUUUGUGAAGAUGACGUCUUUUCUGUGUCAGUGAAGUCGUUUAUGAUAAAUGGCAAGAAAAUGGUGAAACUGCCGAUCGCCUUCAAACCCAUCCUAAAGGGAUUUGCCAACAGACAAAUUUUUUUCUCCUCUGGCACAGAUUCACUCAAAAUGCAGCUUUUUGGAGUUGGGGUUUAA